AUGUGGAAAUGUAAACUAAUGGUAUCUAAGAAUACAAUGAAUCUGUUCGGGACAGAUUUAAUGGAAGGAUUCAACCUGUGGGAUCUAUCACUGAAUACAUUAUGUAACAAGGUGAAUGUGUCACAGUCCAUGUUAGAGAAAGCAUCGGAAAAAAUGAAAUUAAAACUGGAAAAGAUGUACCCUGAUAUUUUUUCGAAAGAGCUCGGUAUGUGUAAAAAAAUUAAAGUAAAAUUUGAGUUGAAAGAAAGUGCGGUACCAGUGUUCAAACCGAAAAGGAAUGUACCUUUUGCGGCAUUAAAUCAAGUUGAGAAGGAAUUAAAAAGAUUGGAAGACAUGGAAGUAAUUGAAAAAGUAGACUACUCUGAGUGGGCGGCUCCUACUGUAUAUAUAAAAAAGAAGAACAACGAAGUAAGAGUAUGUGUGGACUUCUCAACUGGUCUUAAUGAUUGUUUAAAAAAUUACAAUUAUCCGCUUCCAAACCCAGAAGAAAUAUUUGCUAAGCGCAAUGGUGGGAAAAAAUUUUCCAAGCUGGAUUUGUCAGAGACCUACCUCCAAUUACUGGUAGAUGAAGAAUGUGCUAAAGUAUUAACAAUCAAUACUCAUAAAGGUCUGAACCGUUUCAAAAGAUUACCAUUUGGGGUAAAGGUCACCCCAGCAAUAUUUCAGCAAGUAAUGGAUACUAUGCUAGCAGAUUGUGAGUUCGCGGUCUCAUACUUGGAUGACAUAUUGAUCAAAAGUGAAUCAAGGGACCAACAUAUUGAACAUAUAGAAGAGGUUUUCAAACAAAUAUGUGAGUACGGGUUCAAAGUAAGGGAGGAUAAAUGUGAAUUUUUUCUUGACAAAAACAAAGUACUUAGGACAGGUGAUCGAUGAAAACGGAUGAAAACCGGACCCAUCUAGGAUCGACGCGAUAAAAAAAAAAUGCCUGCUCCCACUAACAAAACAACACUACAAGCAUUCUUAGGUUUGGUAAGUUAUUACCAGUUGUACAUACUUAAAAUGUAUGAGCUAAGAGCUCCAUUGAAUCAGUUGCUAAAGAAGGACUCAAAAUGGAGCUGGACAAACGAAUGUCAGAAAUCAUUCGAGGAAUUAAAAAGCGGUUAACAUCAGAGUUAUCAUUAACUCAUUUUGACCCAAACCUGAAAAUAAUUGUGGCAUCGGAUGCCAGUGAAUAUGGUGAGCUGUGAUUUUGCAUAAAUUUGAUGAUGGUAAAAUCAAAGCUAUUGCACAUGCAC